ACUCGUGAUCUCUUGAUAAGAUCGGACGAGAAAAGCAAUGAAUUGAUUUUCUAAAUGUGCCAACCAAAUUUCUGAUAACGUUUCAUGAUAAUAUGAAUGACGAGUCAAUAAAUCACACCCUUUAUUUACGAGCUUUGCUCCAAACGCCACCUCUGAUUGCUCUGACUGAAACACAGUCAAGAAAGAAGCUUACAAAAUUUAGUUACUUGGUCUUUAAAAUUGAAUUAAAGAAACGAAAAGGUGAGAAAGAGACGCAAUUUUUAUUUUUCUUUAAUUUAAUUUGGGAUGAAUUCCAGAAUAUAUUUUUUCCUAUCAAUAUUUAUUCUAUUUCAAAACAGAUGGAGAAUCGAAAGCGAUAUUUUGGAUUUCAACUACUGAAAGUUUUGCUAAUUAUUUGUGGACAGCAUUUGAAAAUUUGCUCCGAUUUUGAGCCGAGAUCCAAAUUGGGGAAGUUCAUUUUAAAAGUGUAUUCCACUUCCCUGACCAUCGCAACUUUUGCCUUCUUCGUUAUUGGUGUUUUUGCACUAUUCAGGAACCUAGGCAACUUCAAGAACGCUAUUUACCUUGCGGUCACCUUUCUGAGUUUCUUCGAAUGCUUUAUGCGGUUGGUUUACACUGCGUGGAAGAAAAAGAAAAUUGAGUCGAUUUCUACUCGGCUCCGUUCCAUCCUCUACACUAGCCAACUUGACACUGGCGAAUUUGCAAAGAGCUUGGCAAAGGUUGUGGCCUUCCUACUGAUUUUUCUUUUUACGACGUUUGGAAUUUCCUUGCUUGUGGAUUUCUUAACCAUAAUAAGCCAAAUGGACAAACUCUACGACAGCAUUAGGAAUUUGACAGAAAUCAGUGAAAUUGAGAAGGCUGUCGCGAAUAAUAAUGCAUCAGUAGAAGCAACCAACGCGUGGUCCUACGUUGCGCCGCUAUAUGCAAUUUGGCCUUCAUUCAUCGCAGCUCGAAUUUACGGGGCUAUAAUUUUUUCCGUUUUCUAUUUGUCGUUUGGAAGGGUUCUAGCUUCAGACGCCCUUUUCUAUACUUGGUACAAAAUCAUCAUCUUCCAAUCGAGUCGAUCAUCACAAGACCUGCCACAAGUUUUGGAAAACGACACGGGAGAGGAAACAAAACUUCAAAAUUGGAUAGAAAAUCACCACUCGAUAAACGAUUUACUUGACGAGAUAAAUUCGCUAACUGCACCUGCGAUUGUCAUUGCUGUUGCAGCUGCAGGAUUACGAAUUUGCAUUUUCUUUUACAUGAUUUUGAGGCUUUAUGACGACGCAAAUGUGGUUUCUGUUUUCGUUUACGGAAUCACAGCAGCGCAGCAAAUUUUCAUAUACUGCAUUUUGGGCCAACAAAUCAAGAACAAUCUGGAAAAUCUACAUACGAUUGCUCAAAAGGAGCUUUGGAAACAAACUUAUGGCUCUGGUCGGCACGCGGCCCUAAUUGUGUGCACCACAGCGGGUGACAACUUGAGCCAAAGCUUGCCUGGAACACCCUUUUUUCACAUGUCUUUGCAUUAUCUAGCAACGAUCAUUGGAGCAGUCGUGACUUAUUUUAUUGUUCUGAUGCAACUUAAUAAAGUUGAUUGAUGUCUUUUAAGAAGAAUCAAUUAAUUAAAAUGAUUGUACAGUUAAGAAUAAUGUUAAUUAAUUAAA